UAAUUCCUCACCUCAUACUGGAUUGUACCACAGCACAAGACGUUAUCAGCAAACUCUCUGAGGUGUGUGAAGCAGCAGAAGAGCUUAUGAAUAAAGCAAAACUGGUCAGGAGUUUAUGAAAUGGCAAAGCUGGCUCUGAAAGUAGCUGAGUACUCAGCAUCUCUUGUUCAAAUACUGGGUGCCAUACCAACAAAGGAGAUAAUAGAUCAGAAAUUUGUUCCUGAAUUACUGGAGAGCAUCAGUGAGCUUCAGAAGGAAAUGACCAAGUAUGACCAAGAUGGACGACACCAUUUACACGAUGUACAGCGCCUUAAAAAGAAAUUCUACAGACUAUCGCCCAGAAUGUGUCUGAGCAAUUCAUCAGCUCCUGUUUAGAACAAAUCAAUUCUUCAAUGACAAGCAAAUUUAAGAGUCAAUUGAGCAGUGCUGCAGGAAAGGCGGUGGACAACAUCAUGCACAGACAUAAAACCCAGCGUUUCUUUGAUGACCAGAGGGGAAAACACAACAAGAGAUCUGCAAGCCACAAGGAAGUGGAACAGCUGUCAGAUGAAGACAAAUCAAAUCUGAUGCAGUAUACAGAAGAUAUGUGCAAAGACAAUCAGCCUACAACAGCCCUCGAUGUCUACGUGCUCACAAAGAGCAACCUGCUCAGUGGAAGAGGAAUUGAACUCAAUGUCAUUGAUGAAAAUGGAAAACAGCUCACUGUGGAACGUUACCCAGGAACCAACAAAUCAGCAGGAGAUAUAAAAUUGAGAUUAACCAAAGCUGCAAAAGCCACACAUCCAUCACAAGUUGAUACACAGCUGUACAGCGGCCGUUUUGACAUUGUACAGGAUGAUGGCAGAAUAGUCAGCGUUAACUCAAAUGAUCAGAACACUCUUUAUCAUGCUGUAGCACAGGCAACUGGCAGCGAGACAAAGGACCUAAAGAAGGAAGCUUUGAUGCUACAAAACAAAGUGAAAAAUGAGAUCCAGACAAACCUUGAAAUGUACACACCCCAGCUUAUUCUCCAGAGAGGAUACGACUUCUGUCACAAAAACCCUGGAAAAUACAGCAUCACUGGAGGAAGUCAAAAGAAGGCAGACGUUGCAAUGCAGAAAUACUUACAGAGUGUUAAAUUCAUCAGAAGUGGCGAACAAAUCCUCAUCAAAAUGUACCAUCUUGGUUUUGUUGGUGAAUAUAAAAGUGUUGUGAGUGUUCGGAGGUCCAGUAAGAACACCACACCACUUCACACGAGCCAUAUUCCACCAAAGGACUCCAUCAGACUAGCUCAGACGGUCAUAGAAAACCCAAACUCACUGAGCGAGUUUAAAAAUAAAAACCCGGCACUUUACGAACUAAUCAGCAGCAUAAAGACUGACGUUAGUGGAUGGAACCUGAUUGCCAUGGAGGUUCUGGGACAAGACCACAGACGAGCUUUAACUACGGGCCCAAGCAGCCACUCACAGAUGGCCAGGAAACUUCUAGCAGACACCAUAAUUAGUGGAGACGUGGAGCUUCUGCUGAAACGCUGCAUGAUUCUACAUCACCCGCUUACCUCACAAAAGCUGAGAGAGGCUCUAGGUGAAAGCAUUCCCUCUCAGUGCCACGUUUUGACGGAUGAAGGAAUCCGAGGCUACUACAAAGCGGGAUACCGAAACCUGGUGUCAGAGUACAGCCGCAUGGGAAUCCUGGAUCAGAAGCAGUGUGAGCGUCUGGACGAGUGGGUGACUCGUGACCAGCACGAGGACAUGAACACUGCAGAGUACCGCCAGGUUCUGAAGGGGUUACAGUGAAAAUGCCUAGUGUUAAUGAACACAAUGCUUCUUCAGCGCCUUAUUAUAAAUAUGAUGAUGCAGAUGAUGGCUAUAGAAAGUAGGAAAUUGCUCUCUGCCACUGAAAUUACAUUCACUCCAAUAAAUAAAUAAAAAUUGAUUUUAGCAAGUAAAGAUUUCUUGUAAUAUUGGUAAAUCAUUUUGGUAAUUUUAACCAUUUAUUUUUAGGAUGGAUGAUUUUAAAACUCAAAAUCAGUAAAAGUGUCUAGAAAUAUUGUGUUCUAUUAAAACAAAUCUAGUGUUUUUUGUAGUUACUCAAGUUUGGGUUUAGGCAUGUAGAAAAUCAGAAUAUUACAGGGUUAUUCCACAAAACAUGGAACAUAAGAAUGUGAUUAAAUUUCAAAAAUAUGUAACAGGAAUAAUAUUUUAAAAACUUUCAUGUUCUCUUCAGUAUGGCUCUAGUGUAGAACAGGAACAUGCUACACAGCUUUUGUGAUUAAAAGUUAUAAAAACACUGAAGUCAUUAUGCAUUAAACCAUGUACUGAUUUUAUAAUCACAUAACUCUUCAUAAUCAAUGAAAUGAAUCUCCAUUUUUCACACGUAUUAUUGUAAAAUGUUUUGUUAUUAAUCUGUAUGAUGCUGGUGAAUGGCGUUGUGCUUGUAACUGAUUUCAUUUUCUGAAUAUUUUGCCAAUAAAAUGUUAUUUUUGCUCC